AUGUCCAAUAUCACGACGAAUCUAACUUGUAGAGCCGUACACCGUAGAGGAAUGACAGCUCGUCAAUUUCGAACCGUGUUCGACUAUAUUACCACAAAUAACAUCUUACGGGAUCCGCUAAUCCUCGUCGGACGCCAACCGCUUGAGAUCAGAUAUACUCAUCUCAUGGGUUGGAUACAUGAACUGAUGCACAACAUUACUGCAAUUUCAGUCAAUCGCUAUAUACUUCAAGAAUUAAUUCAUUCAGUAUUACAGAAGAAACAUUUACAGAAUUUAGCUGUAUCCGCUCACGCGGCUCGCAUGAACAGAGUUUUAGGAGCUCACCAAAUGGUCUACUUCCUUAAUAGAAGAAGAGUGCGAGUCACGCAAGAGGAUGAAGAAUACCGACUUAGUUCACAGAUGCACAUGCCACCUCCAUGGCCGGAGGAACCGGAGUCGUAUAUCCAAACCCUCCAGCACGGACGAGUACUUGCAGAUCUCGUCAAUGGACAGACGUCUGCAGGAACAUGCCCGAGGCCAAUAGCGCCCAAUAGUUCAACGUCCAGUCCAGCCUCUAAGGACAAUAGAAGGUUUCAAGGCUAG